GGACUCGUCCGGUGCGCCGCGGCAGCACGGGCGGCGCGAGCCGGCGGGCCCGGCGGCCGGUCGCCAGUGGAGGGGAGGAGGUGCCGCCGGCCGGCCCGCUGCGCCGAGCGCCGCCGCCACUGCCGCGCGCCGCGAGAGAGUGCGUGCGCGUGUCCGCCGGGCGGUGAGAGAGCUGUGAGAAGGCGGGGGCGUGUCCGUGAGGUGGGCCAGUCCGUGCCGUCUGUGCAGUGGCGUUGGACGCGGUGCCGUUUACGACUGUGGAUACGGAGCAUCGCCUCGCUCUCAGGGAGCCUCGCCGCCGCCGCCGCCGGCCGCCACUCUGGGAGGGCCGUCUCUCCAUGAGCUAGCGGGCCCUGCCCGGCCGGCUGCAGCAAUCGGCACGUACGCCCAUUCAGGCCUGCCGUGGCCGGCCCCCGGCAGCACCAUGGAGGCGGUGCAGACCUCACAGCGGCCCCACUGGACCCGCCUGACGGACCCCGGCGCGCCGACCGGCCCCGGCCAGCCCCCGGCGCCGCCCGGCCGCGCCAGCGCGAACAGUCCGUUCCUGCCAAAGGGAGCGUGGUAUGACGCAAGGCUGCGCGGCGCCGGCCUGGUCGAGCAUCAUCCGAAACUGCAGCCACCGCCGGAGCAGCCCAGCAAACUACCCACCCAGCUGGGUAGAGAGGGCGCUGUAAUCGGCGGCAACGACCUCCAUACAAGCGGCAGUGCUCCCAAGCGGCUCAAGACGGAGCCGGUGGACCCGGCGGCCAGUCGAGCCCAGCCUCCGCCUCCCCCACCUCAGCAGCAGCAGCAGCAGCAGCAGUCUGACGCGCCGCCCUUCUACCUGCGGCCCGAACAGCUGCAGCUGCUCAGCUACCUGCAGGCGCACCAGCGGCAGCUGGGGCCGCAGCAGCUGCAGCAGCUCAACCAGCUGCAGCAGCAGUACAGGUUGAUGCAGCAGCACCAGCAGCAGGUGAAAAUUCAGCAGCAGCAACAGCAGCAGCGGCUUCAGAGGCAACAACAGCAGCUUCUGCAGAAACAACAGCAACAACAUCAACAGCAUCAACAGCAUCAGCAGCAGCAACAUCAACAGCAGCAGCAACAACAACAGCAUCAACAACAGCAGCAACAGCAGCAUCAACAACAGCAGCAGCAGCAGCUGGAGAAACAGCAGCACCAGCAGCAGCAACAGCACCUGCAACAAUUACAGCACCACCAGCAGCAACACCAGCACCAACACCAACAACAGCAGCAACACCAGCAACAACAGCAACAACAGCAGCAACAGCAAAAGCAACAGCAACAACACCAACAAGAAUUACAACAGGAAAGGUUACAGAGGAAAAUCGACCAGCAACGCGAGCAACAACAGCAGCUGCAGCAACAACAGCAACAACUGCAGCAUCUCCAACAGCUGCGACAACAGUACCAGAAACAGUUGGAGGAACAGCAAGAGUUGGAGCGGCAACAACAGCAGCAGCAGCAACAACAGCGGCAACAGCAUGCACAACAACAGGAGCGGGAAAGGUUGCUGAGGAUAGAACAACAUCAGGAACAGCAGCGCCAGCAACAACAGCGAGAGCAACAGCAGCUACAACAACAGCAACAGAAACAACAACAACAGCAACAACAGCAGCACCAGCAGCAGCACCAGCAGCAGCAGUCAGGCGGUAGUCCAUGGCCCCGCGCAAACUCCCAGCCCCUGCAGGAGCGUCUGCAGCCCCGACUGCCGGCUCCGGAGCCGCCGCGGCCCGUACUUCCCCCAGUGUCCUCCGCUGCGUCCCGCUCUCCACCGGCGCCAUCAGAGGCGGCCCGGCACCGCUGGUCGUUGCGGGGGGACCGGCCGCCGGCGCCGCGGCCUCCUCCGGCCACCUCCGGCGCAGCAGAGGCACUGGCGGAAGAUCUACUGAGGCAGAUCGGCGAGCAGUCCGCACCACCUGUCGUCGCAGCAAGGCAACCAAGCCCCGGCCGGCCGGAUGCGAUGGCGCGUGACGAUCGGAUGGGACCGCCGCCGGCGCCGCUGUCCACACCGUCGGCGACACCGGCGUCCACUCCGUCAUCGGACUCGUCCUCAGCUCCGCCGUGCAGCCCGGCGGCGGCUCCUAGUCCGAGCUCGGAGAGCUCUCGGGGAGUCAGUAGCAGCAGUGACACCGCCGGCAGUGACGCCGCCGUCUCACCAGGCGAGGAGCCGGAGUUUAGUGUGCGGCUCACGGCGGCUGAGGUGGCCGCGCGGUGUCGGGGUCGGGGACAGCUCGGAGUGCCCAGCCUGAGUAUGGCUGCACCGCGCGCGUCAGACCCGAGCAGCGGGGCGCCCCGAGCCGUGCUGCGCCGUGACCAGCUGCCGCAGCAGACCCCCUCUGUGCUGGUGGAGAGCCGCCGACAGGCGCACAGUCCGCAGCUUCAGGAGUUUUGUCUGAAGAACCCGGUGGCGGUGGUCAGAGGUAUCGCCGGCGCCCUGGGACUCGAUCUCGGCCUGUUCUCGACCAAAACUCUGGUGGAGGCUCACCCGGAACACACGGUGGAGGUUCGGAACCAGGUCUCCCAGUCCUCCGACGAGAAUUGGGACCCCACCUUCAGCCGCAAGGUCUGGGGGUGUAUGUCGUCACGCAGCCACAGCACGGUGGCAAAGUACGCCCAGUACCAGGCGCAGACGUUCUCCGAUAGUCUCAAGGAGGACCACGAGUCCAAGCCAACGACGCCGCGUGACUCGGACUCCGAUUCUCGCGACUCGUUCUCCAAGUACCAGCGACUCGGCCAGAAGCGCGGCCACAAGACCAUCAAGUUCGGCACCAACGUCGACCUCAGCGACGAGCGCAAGUGGCGCCCGCAGCUGCGAGAGCUGACCAAGCUGCCGGCCUUCUGUCGCGUGGUCUCGGCCAGUAACAUGCUGAGUCAUGUCGGACACCCUAUCCUCGGCAUGAACACGGUUCAGCUGUACAUGAAGGUGCCGGGAAGUCGCACGCCGGGUCACCAGGAGAACAACAACUUCUGCUCGAUCAACAUCAACAUCGGACCGGGCGACUGUGAAUGGUUCGGCGUGCCGGACGCCUACUGGAGCGUCAUCAACUCGCUCUGCGAAAAGAACGGCAUCUCGUACCUGCACGGCUCGUGGUGGCCAGACAUGGAGGAGCUACUCGACCACGGCGUUCCCGUGUACCGGUUCAUGCAGCGGCCCGGCGACCUGGUCUGGGUCAACACGGGCUGCGUGCACUGGGUGCAGGCGGCCGGCUGGUGCAACAACAUCGCGUGGAACGUCGGACCGCUCACCGCCCGACAGCACCGACUCGCCAUCGAGAGAUACGAGUGGAACAAGAUCCAGAAGUUCAAGUCGAUCGUACCCAUGCAGCGGUUGAGCUGGAACCUGGCGAGGAACAUCAAGGUGUCCGACCCGGAGCUCUACAAGAGCGUCAGGACGGUGCUCCUCCAGGGCCUUCGCCAGGCGUUCUUGGUGACAGAGCUCGCCCAGCACUGCGGCGUGGCAAUCCGCUUCCACGGCCGUGGCAAGAACGAGAGCUCCCACUACUGCGGCACCUGUGACGUGGAGGUGUUCCACAUGCUCUUGGUGAAGGAGAACGAGAAGCGACACGUCGUAUACUGCCUCGAGUGCGCGCGCCGCCACUCUCCCCAGUUGGCUGGAUACAUCUGCCUCGAGGAGCACACACUGGAGGAACUGCAGGAAGUGUACGACAACUUCGUCCUUCAUCCGUCACCGCUGGCGCCACCAUCGUGAUGUUCCGGUCGGGAGAGGGCCUCCGCCUGGUCCCCGUGCCGUCAGCCGGCCACCGUUCGACCUCUACUCUGCUACCUCCAUACGUACACAUAGCGUCCGGCGACGGUGUCCAGUCCGCAGCCGCCAGCGGCCAACACUGCUCCCCAAUCACUCACAACUGCUCCACGAGAUUCCACAGAACGCAUCGGCCCUGACUGGGUACCUCUGCAGUUAUGUAGGUGUUCGUACCGCCGCGUCAAAAGCUGCUACUGGUGUCUGCUGCCCGUGGUGGCUCGAAUAUGAACGCCCUCCUCCCUCCGCCCCCCAGUUCCGUUGGUCUCCAAAGGGGCGGCCAUGCCGUCCCACAGUAAUCCGUCACUGCCAUCCGUGUCAAUAGCGUCCGGCCGUGCGCCGCGUGUUCUCAUCUGAUCUCGGCCCGCGCCACCGGCCGGCCGUGCCCGCAGGAACUCAGUCCGGGGCUGCUCAAUGCUGACAGGACAGGACCGACCCGGCCGCCGUCCUACUGUGUUUAUACCCGCUGGCAUAACCGUUCCGUGGCUCCGUGAAUGAGACUAUUUAUUUGUUCCUCGCCGUGUGUUCUAGCAGAUCAUAGGUUAUUAUAUAGUAGUAAUAAGACAUAUUUCGGAGGAGGGCAGGAGCGUGUAGGCGGUAAUAGUGAACUUGUUUGAGUGUUCCUAUGAUGUGUAGUGGGUGAGUUGUUUUGUUUUUCAUACAGCAGUUUUAUCGGAUACAAUGUCAGUUUGUGAGUGUGGCUAUCACGCUACUCGAUGUCCGGACUUGAUGGUUGAAUCGCAAUGUGCUGUCUAACGACAAUCUGUGUCUGUCGUGAUUCUGUGUGGCGCCGGGCGUAACACUGUGUCUCUGCGCCUCACCUGUCUUGGUCUCACAUCACAGGCGAUAGUGAGUGGUCUCGGCGAGUGUGGGUAUUUGUACUUUUUACCGGGCCUCUGGCCGUGCGUGUGUGCGUGUAACUAAGUGUGUCCGUACUGGCCUGUGGUGAUGUCUGAAGUGGCGCGCGCCGGUGGGAUGAGCCCGCCGCAGCGGAUGCCGGCCGGGCUGCCGCCGGGGAGAGGAGACCCAUCUACCUCGCCUCACUGCCUGGCCUCGACGGCUCACUGUCUGCGGUGUGACCAAUACACGGCACGUCGGUA